AUGGCUGAGUUCCUUCAGAAUGUGCCCCUCCCGACCCUGGAUCGACCCUUUGGUGUCCACCUGUGGCCCAUCUUCGAUCAGGCCUACGAGAAGGUGAUGGGUUACCCGGCCUCCGAGUUCAAGUUCGUUGAGGGCGUCACCCCUCUGUCCACCUUUAGGGACACCGCGACCAUCCUGGUUACCUACUAUAUUAUCAUCUUCGGUGGUCGUGAGGUCAUGAAGAAGCUACCGGCCUUCAAGCUCAACACUCUGUUCAUGAUCCACAAUUUCCUCCUGACUGCCAUCAGCGCCAUCCUGCUGGCCCUAUUCAUUGAGCAGCUCCUCCCGACUCUCGUGCGCCACGGUGUCUUCUACUCCAUCUGUGACCACAAUGGUGGAUGGACUCAGCCACUCAUCAUUCUCUACUACCUCAACUAUGUCAACAAAUACGUUGAGCUUCUGGACACCGUCUUCCUGUUCCUCAAGAAGAAGCCCCUGACCUUCCUCCACACCUAUCACCACGGUGCCACCGCCCUUCUGUGCUACACCCAGCUCAUCGGUCUGACUGCUGUGCAAUGGGUUCCCAUCACUAUCAACCUGCUGGUCCAUGUUGUGAUGUACUGGUACUACUUCCAGAGUGCUCGCGGUAUCCGUAUCUGGUGGAAGAAGUAUAUCACCAUGCUGCAGAUUAUUCAAUUCGUCAUUGAUCUCGGCUUCAUCUACUUUGCGUCCUACACCUACUUCUCCUCCACCUACUUCCCAUGGGCCCCCAACAUGGGUAAGUGCGCCGGAGAGGAGUUCGCUGCCUUUGCUGGUAUUGGUAUCAUCACAUCGUACUUGCUUCUCUUCAUUUCCUUCUACAUCGCCACCUACAAGAAGGAGACCAAGGUCGGCCGCCCGCGCAGCAACACCGGCCGCAAGUCUUUGAUCGACAUGAAGAACUUCGAGGUUCCCUCUCCCGCUGCCCAGAGCAAUGGCAGCGCCAAGGGCUCCAACGGCACUGCCACCGCGACUGGCCGCUCCAACGGUCCCGUCACUCGCUCCCGCAAGGCGUAA